AUGGCCUGGAGAAGCCCCGUCAGUUUCUUGGAUGACUUACCUGUCCAUAAAAAGUCCAUGUCCUCGGUCACGAUGAUUGUAUUUGGUGAUGAUCUCCAUUCCUUGGUCCUGGUUGUGUCCCUUUCACCAGUCACCACUGAACAAAGUAUGAUAUUCCAGAAUCAAGCGAUAAAUGUAGCAUCUCAUGUCGUCAUCGCGAAUGUGAUGGGUGGACAUCUCCUUUCCAUGUUGGGCAAUUCGUUCGGCCAUUUCCGGGUGCCCAUGUACCCAUUUGACCUUGUCGACUAG